AUGGGGAACAUGCUACCGAAGCCGAUCUUAAGCAAAAUUGUUGAUAGAGUGGGCAAUUACCGCAUCGGUGCGGCCUGCGUGUCUGUGAACGGCUAUCGCCCAAGCAUGGAGGACGCACAUACAAUGGUGUUAGACGGCGGCGUGGGCCUCUUUGGUGUGUUUGAUGGGCACAACGGUGGCGGGUGCAGUGAGUACAUCGCACAGAACAUCCCGGAGAAGGUGAAGGCGAUGGACGGUAAGUACGACCCGGUGGAUUUUGAGCGACUCUGUGUGGGCUUGGACAACGACUUUAUGCGAGACGUCGGCGAUGCAAGCGGCACUACAGGCACCUUUUGCCUCGUUCUGCAGGACUACACCACCAUUGUCUGCAACGUGGGGGACUCACGGACGAUACUAACGCGUGCCGGAAAGAUGCUGUUUGCCACUGAGGACCACAAGCCAGCCAAUCCUGAUGAACGUAACCGCAUCGAGGCCUGCACGGGAUGCGUAAUUAGUGGCCGCGUUGACGGUGACCUUGCCGUCUCCCGCUCGUUCGGUGACAGCUCGUUCAAACGCAACGAUGCAGGGGACUACAAGGAACAGAAGGUGAUUGCCGUGCCGGAUGUCACGAAGUUUGCCUGUCAGCCGGGCGACAUCAUUAUCCUCGCCUGCGACGGCGUCUUUGAGGGAUCCUUCUCAAACGAGGAGGUGGUGAAGUUUGUUUACGGGCAGUUGCCGAAAAGUGCGGAUUUGGCAGUCGCCGCGGCGCGUGUGUGUGAUGAGGCCAUCCGACGCGGUAGUAAAGACAACAUUUCAUGCAUGAUUGUUCGGCUCUCUGACGGCAUGUCGCCUGUAAAGGCGUAUGGGGCGCAUACGUUUGUGCCAGGCCCUCCCUACACACGCACCCAUGAGGCCUCGCGAGGGGCAUACACGGCAAUGGCGCAGCGGAUGGGGUUGACCGUCGCGGAUGCUUUGAUGAAGCGAUAUGCGUUGUUAAAGGCGUACGAGAAUAAAACGCUUUCAUUGAUGCCACCAGUAGAGCAGACGGCAUUUGAGAUGAGUGACGAAGCGGACGUUGAGACGGAGAAGAUCUUCUUCGGCCGAGGGCCGGCCCCCGGCAAUGAGGCGGCUUUUUUCAAUUCCUUGGCGGAUCAGGGGGGAAUGUAG